AUAAAUAAGCAAAGGGACAGCUACAGUGAAGAAUGAAGAACCUCAGCCACUGUGUUAGCGGAAGCGUAAUUUGCAUCUCCGUCGACAUUUCCUGAAGCAUUUCUGCGCUCAUCCAUCUAGGUUGAAUCUUAAUGUUCUUGCCAUGCCUCCAUUAGGUCUUGUAAUUUAUCAUAAUUCUUAUUGCUUUCGCAGCGAUAAUAUAUCAUUUACGCCAGCAGUUCAUGGUGUUAAAAAUCAAACUGUAGUUGCUAGUGAUCGGAGUUUGGCAUUUUCAUCUGCACUAUAUAGUAAAGCAUUUUGUGUCCCCCAAAAAUUGGGUAAAAGUUUCAAUUCUAGACGAGUUGCGACCUUCGAAAUUGCAAGCUGUGCUUGUAAAACUGAAGAGGUAAAGGAUGAUGACAUGUCCAAGGGGGAUAUUGGUUUGCUCCAGUUAAAUCCUUCAAUAGUUGAGCAGCAAUUUUCAAGUGAUAAUAUGGCUGAAGGAGAGAAGUUGAGACGGAAGAGGAUUUCUAGGGCCAAUAAAGGAAUGGUAGCAUGGAACAAGGGUAGAAAGCACAGUGCAGAAACAAUACAGCGGAUUAAGGAGAGGACCAGGAUUGCAAUGCAAGAUCCUAAGAUUAGAAUGAAGAUGAAGUUCAUUAACUUAGGAAAUGCCCAAUCUGAAGCAACAAAAGAGAAAAUCGGAGUGGCUGUCCGACUGAAGUGGGAAAAACGAAAGCAAAAUUUGAAGAAUCAAGACACCUGCCUCUACGAGUGGCAGAAUCUAAUCGCAGAAGCAGCUCGUGAUGGCCUUUGUGGCGAGCAAGAAUUCGAAUGGGAUUCUUACAAGACCUUGAAUAAACAACUUGAGCAUGAACACUUGCAAAGUGUUAGGACAAGAAAUAAUACAACGAGGGCAAAAGGGGUCAAGAGAGCCCCCAAAUCCACCGAGCAGAAAAGGAAAUCUUCAGAGGCUAUAUCUUCUAAACUGUCUGAUCCCGAAUAUCGGGGUAAGGUUUCAUCAGAAGGGCCUAAAAGGCAUCCUGCAAGAAACAUGGAGACUAGUGAUCUUGAAAAGCAUGGAAUCCAAUCUAACGAAGCUCAGUUAGCAAAGAUUCGAGCACAAAGAGCUGCUGUCAAGAACAAGAAAGAUGAAGCCAUCUCCCGAGCAAAGCUGUUGAUUGCGAAAGCUGAGGCUGCUGCAAUGGCGCUUGAAGAAGAUUCCGGACAGAACAGUCGAAAUGUUCAGGCAACCUUAGUAGAGAGCAGGAUACUAAUCGCGAAAGCAAAUCACUUCCUCGAAUCCAUCGAGGAUGAAGAUCUGAUCCCUUUUGGCAAUGAUCCAUCACUAAAUUAUCAAGAAAGCUAUCGAGAUCAUCGAGGUCAGAAUGCUGUCGAAGCUAAUGGAAUUUGCAGCCAAUACCCGGCGAACAUCAGAGUCGAGGGAUUCAGGAUCAGUGAGUUUUUCUUGAAAGAUUUGGAAAAUGGAAGCACAUUACACCCCUGCCAUGGUGAUAUACAAAAAACUGAACAGGCAAUCCGUCGGAGCUUGGAUUUGUACGACUUAGAGGACCACCGCACGUCGAUGGCCUGCGGGUUCGAGUACGAAUCGAAGAUGGGGGAAGGGAUGAAGAAACAAGGGAAAAUGAUCAAGAAAUGGAUCAGGGGGAGACUGGUUGAAGUUACGGAGGAAGCCUUAGAUAUAUAGGAACUGUUGUCGGUAAGAAAGUAUUAUACUAUCUCCUUACCAAAUUUACUAUUUUCUUUUGUAUCAUUCAAAAAUAUAUUAAAGUAGUCCAGUAAGGAUCGUGUCGGGGUUGGACGUGUUAUCGUGAGCAUUCAAAUUUUCGACACCUCAUGUCACCUGGUAGAUAUGGUAAGUUUAGUGACUUGAGUGUCAGAUUUAGUUACUCGGUACGUACUUUCGGAUUUAGUUACUCUGUAAGUACUUUCGAGUAGUGUUGAAAGUAAAAUAAUCAAUAUAUAUA